CCGAGCGCCAUAUUGGUUGUUGCAAGAGGGCUGGAAAAUUAGGAGAUUUGUUUUGCUCUAUCAUUUUUUCUCGACCGCAUAUUACGCCAGAGUGAACAGGACCGAAUCGUCCUCUUCUCAGAAAGAGUUCGAGGACAUUGUUCGGUCUGAAGGCGCUAUUAUUAUUUCGAAACGAGACAGAUUUCCUCCGGAUACAGAGAUCUUACGUUUAAACAGUAAAGGUUGGACAUUCAAGGAAUUCAAGUGUUCGACGGAGGUUUACUUUUUUUUUCACCAUCCAUUGGCGGAACGCAGAGGAAAAUUUGCAUUACUUUGUGAGAUCUUUUACGCACUCGAUCGAUGCAUUGGCUGUGAAAGAAUGAUUACCAUUUAUUUCGCUGUUUAUCGCUUCAGGCUGACUGUGCAGCAAGGGUGACCUACCGUCGAGGCUGACUUUGGUGCUUAUGAUGGACCUCGCCGAAAACGAAGAGGGUCAACACUUGAUCCAACACUGUGUUAUUAUCCAACGUGAUGAAAAAGGCUAUGGACUGACUGUCACAGGGGACAAUCCAGUUUAUGUGCAGUCUGUGAAGGAAGGUGGAGCCGCUCACCGCACAGGUGUGCAAGUUGGUGACAAGAUUGUCAAGGUGAAUGGAACUGAUGUCAGAGAGUUCAAUCACAUUGAAGUUGUCAACUUGAUUAAAUCUGGUUCCUAUGUGGCACUGACCCUCCUAGGAAAACCACCCUCACAUGCUCAAGCUGACAGACAGCAUGAGAGACCACCACAAUUGCCACAGGUGCCCAGAGACCCAGUCAUGGAUGAGAGAACAGUGACCAUUCAAAGAGUGCUUGACCAAGAGAAGCAGUUUUACAGGAAAACAUUGGAUGAGUAUACAAGGAGACCAACAGAAAACCUUCAAAGAGAGCUUGCAGAAUCAACAACGCGAAUCAAAGCUUUUGAGGCAGAGCUCCAUGCGCAGCGACUGCCUGUAUCAAGUAAGAAUGGACCCUUUUCAGCUCCUCCUGGUAAAACAGUCUCUCCAACCUGGCAGCAAGUAAACCGAUUUCCAGCCAGGUGUAAUUCAGUACCAUCAGCGGACAACACCAGUCCUCCUCCAGAUCAUGAUCCAAAUGCACUGUAUGAUAACUAUCCACCAGCUGUUAUUUCACCUGGCAUCAGUGACAGUAGAGAAGUUCCUUCUUCUCCACCUCAGCCUCCCAUGAGAAAGAUCCCUCAGAAAGGGGACCAAUUUAUGCCUCUUAGUGGUAUAGGUUCAGGUACUUAUCCUGGAAAAAAAAGGCAUAAGAAGGUUUCACUUACUGAUGGUCCAACUCAUGUGAGACAACACUCCAGUCCAGAAUCUUUCUUUCGUCCCGCUAUGAAUGGCAGCUCCUCUGAAAAAUCUUUGCCUGUAAGAAAUAAUAACAAGAAAAAGAGUUUCGAUGAUGGAUCUGGACUGUCAUGGAAGCCUGGUUAUCCAGCUGCCAAGGCACACAAAAAUCCUCUGACUGCAUCCCUUCCAAAAGCAUGGAAGCCAAUCGGUCAGGAUAACAAAGGUUUACUUAUGGACAAUGUCAGCAGUAAAAGCAGUAGCAGUGGCAACAGCUCACCACCACCACCACCAACACCAACAUUAACAGAACCAUUAGAGAAGAAAUUACGCAAUGAUGCUGCUGAUAUUUACAUUGAUGAAGAUGAAGAAUCAUCAUAUAACACCAUUGAAAUCAGCAAGGGUAAUGACUCUCAGAAUGAUCCAAUCAUGUCAAUGGAAGAUGAAGAGUUUGCCUCAGAUGAUGAGAAGAUAGAUGACCAUGGGCCAUUCAAUGAUCUAGAAGUGCUUAAAAAUAAAGCAGCUCAUAUGGCAGUUUUCCUUCACUACCUUAUCUCAAAUUGUGAUCCAAGUAGUUUGUUCUUUUGGAUGGUCACAGAUACCUACAGAGAAGGAACUUUAAAAGAAAUGAAGAAAUGGGCAUAUGAGAUUUAUUCUACUUUCCUGGAUGAGCGAGCACCCCUGAAGGUUGAUAACAUGGAUAAAGAGACAGUCAUUGAACCAAUUGUGAGUUGUCUCAGGUCAGAAGAAAUCACCAAAGACUUGUUUCAACAUGCAAGGACUUUUGCUGAAGCAGAAAUAAAAGAAUUGUUACAGGACUUUAGGAAUAAACGAGCUCUUGGUCUUGGAAGUUUGUUUGGAGACCACCAACUGGAAGAUGACAACAUGGACAAAGGAAAGGAACUGCAAGUAGUAGAGCAAACUCUGAUGCCCCAUUUGGAGGAGAUUCUGGCUGAGUUGGAGACAAAUACAGAUGCUUCACAAGUAAACAGGAACAAUGCAAUGGUGUCAGCCCUUACCACCUUUCUAAGACAGGUUGGAAUCACCAUGAAGCAACAAGGAAACAAUGCAAACAUUCUAGAACGAUAUCAAAGCUUUACUCGAAAAGAGAACAAACCAUUAUUCAAGAUGAAAUCAAAUAAAAAGAUGAAAGGGCACCACUUUGUUAGUACACAGUAUACAACUCCAACUUACUGCAAUCACUGUGGUUACCUGCUGUGGGGGGCUGGAGACCAAGGAUACCAGUGCUCAACUUGUGAAUACAAUGUACAUAAAGGAAGCUGUUUUGAGACAAUUGAGGAAUGUCCAGGAACAAAGAAAAAAAGGGAAAGGAAACCUACCACUCAAACUGGCAGGUCACCGUCCUUUGCAAAUAAUUCAAGGAAAAUUAGUCAACCAGUGGGGCCAUCUCCUUUUGGGGGGAAAAAUUGGAACCCAGAAAAUGAUGAUGAGAAUGAAUCAGACACUGGAAACACAGAGCACAACAAGAAAAAGAGUGGUUCAUUUGAUGAAGAUCUGAUUUCUGGUGGCAGAGACAGAGGAAUGACUGCAGAUGACCUGUCUAGGGAAGGAUUUAUUGGUUCUGGUGAGGAGGGAAUGUUAAAGAUCAAAAGUACAAGUGAGCUGUUUCUUGAUAAACCACACCUCCCAAAGGUUGGAAGAUCAGAGAGUAUGAAAACACCUAGAGAAUUCAGUAACAAGAUAAUGAAUAUGAGGAUAAGAAAAUCUGUGGCAGGACCUGUGGAUUCUGUGAAUGAUUAUCGUGGUGUGGAUCCUCCCACAAUGGAUGUACUUUCUGAAGAUGGGAGACGUGCCCGCUCACGGUCUCCUUCUUUUCUGCCCCCAGAAGAAGAACCGGACCCAGACAUGGAAGUAGAUGCCCAACCAACACCAUGGCAACAAGUUAUAGAUAAGAAGUUUCUGAGGAAGUUAAAGGGAAAAGAAAUAAAGCGACAAGAAUUCAUUCAUGAGCUUAUCUACACUGAAAGAACUCACGUUAGAAAUUUAAAAGUCCUUAGCAAGGUUUUCUACAAACCCAUGAUAAAAAUGAAUAUUAUGCCUUAUACGCAAAUCCACCAACUUUUUCCGAACUUGGAUGCUUUGAUUCAACUUCAUGUGUCAUUAAUGCAGAGCAUGAUGGCCAGACAAGAAGAAUCUGAUGAAGUUAUUACUUGUAUUGGAGACGUUAUGCUCGAUAGGUUCGACGGAGAACCUGGUGAGCAAGCAAAAGAGGCUUGUGCACAAUUUUGUAACCAUCAGAAAUUUGCUUUAGAGCAGCUCAAGCAUCGACAGAGAAAAGAUUUAAAACUGCAACAGUUUAUAGUGCAUUGUGAAAAUGAUCCUCUCUGUCGGAGGUUAAGACUGCAAGAUAUUAUUUCAAACAGCUAUCAGCGAUUGACGAAAUACCCGAUGUUGUUGGAAGGCAUACAGAAAAAUACUCCAAGUUCACAUGAAGAUGGUAGAAAUAUCGAGAGAGCAAUACAGUGUACCAAGAACUUGCUGGCUUACGUAAACCAAAGUGUUAAGGAAUGUGAAGAUCAACAAAGACUGGCAGACUUUCAGAGGAAAAUCGACAGGAGGCCUCUAGAGAACACCAAUAACAAACUUAUGGAGGAGUUUAAGAACCUGGACCUCACCCAAAAGAAGUUGGUUUAUGAUGGUCCACUUACGUGGAGAAUAAACAGAACCAAGUGUGUUGAUCUUCAUGUACUGUUGCUAGAAGACUUGCUUAUUCUCCUUCAAAAGCAGGAUGAGAAGCUUGUUCUCAAAUGUCUUAGUUCGACCUUCCAGGCAGGAUAUCUAAAUGAAAAGACCACGCACAGUCCUAUCAUCAAACUGAGCAGCGUGCUUACAAGAAAUGUGGCUACUGAUAAGAGAGCUUUCUUUCUUGUGAGUACGUCUUCAUCAGUUGGACCACAGAUUUACGAACUGGUGACAGCAACUGUAACAGACAGAAAAAAUUGGUAUAAGUACAUAACCGAUGCUGUGGAGGCAUUCAAAAUAAAAGAACGAGGUCGUCGCAAUGCAGUAUCAGUUGAAGGUGUUCGACAACCUGUAUCGGAAUUAGAUCUCGCAGAGCUGCCCAGCAGACGAGUGAACAACCAAGCAAAGGAAGAACCUGCCAAGGAACAGAAGCCGAGGGAGGAAGAUGUUAAAGCAGAAGAGGAGGAUAGAGAGAAAGAAACUGAUGCAGAUGAUGAUUUUUCUGAUCCAGGAGAUGAUGACGAGGAAGAUCGCACUCAGAAUCAGGACGAAGAUGAUGAUGAAGAUGAAGAAACGGAAAGUGAGGCACCAGUCACUCAGGAGGAAGUAGCUGUUCCUAAAAUUAAUGAACCUACUGGUCGCCAAGAAUCGCAACUCGAGUCUGAAUCUGAACCGGAUUCAGAACCGGAAACAGAGACCGAAGUUUCAGAGAAGGAUGUUAAAGAACAGGUGCAAGUACAGAGCGAAUCACCAGUUAAGAUUCAAAUGGCUACAGUUGAGUCCAGUCCUCCGAGCGAUUCAGAAACUGAUGUUCUUUCAGCUGAGGACGGUGAAGCGGCCGGAUCUUCACUUUUCAAUAGGGCGGCUGUGGCAGAUCUGACGAAUGAAGAGAGUGUGGAUGAAAGAUCUUUACUGGAAAGGAACCGAAACAGUGUGACUUCUGAGUCAUCCUCCAGCUCAUCCAACGACACGCUGAAGAUAAGAAGAAGCAUUGGGAACAUAUCUGCUGAUGAACAAGAUGAGUCUGUUGGUGGGCAUCCUUCCCGUUCAUCUGCUGUGCUUUUAGAGUUACUGAGGUCAAAAGACAACGAUCUUCGCAAGAUUCUAGAGGAAAAAUCAAGACUUGUCGCUGAGCUCAGGGGGGCAAACAUGACGAUGGGAUCGGCCACGAAUGAGAGCCACGUGAAUGGAGAUUCAGUGGAGGCUAGGGAUUUAAUUUUAGCGGCAAUUCUUCAGGCGAAUCGUUUGACAGUAGCGGUCAGCGAUGUGCUUAACCCAAAUAUAGAUGACAUGUCUAGGGGAGUGGGACACCUCGGAUAUGGUGGCAUUCAGGGUGACUUCUCACCUCAGCAACAACUCGUUUCGUCCACAUCGGUGCUUAAUGAACAACUCACAACGUUACUCGGAGUUAUAACUGAUCGAGAUAUGGUGCGAGACAGGUUGCGAUGUGAUCUUCAGUUAGCUAACUCUCAGAUUCAGCGCUUAAAGCAGGGUCGAUCAUCAUCUCGUCGCACACGAGAACUUCCUGGUUCCCAGUUUGCUGUUAAUGACGAUAGUUUCUCAGGCGGAUUUCAUUCAGACUCACCUCGACCCAGCUCCCCAACAUCUACCAUCGACUUUGACUCAGAUUACGCUCGUUUAUCGGAGACAAGCGAUUAUUUAGCCUCUGAGGACAACAUGGACUCAGGCGGUCGUUCGUCCUCGAUGUCUGGAUUUCGAAACAGGAGUUCACUGGCCUCCAGUGGGUACCGUUCCUCCACGGCUUCUUCUCGGCACUUGAGCCGCUCACGUGACGAAGAUACGACGCAUUGGCGUCAGGGAAGGAACCUAACAAACAACAGGGCCUACUGGAGCGACGACGGUGCGGAGUAUGAGUCACAGGCACAGAUCUAGUUAAGGGACACUCGCCUCUUUGCUUUUGUAGUUUUAGUACGACAUGGAACCAGCACAGACUGUGUGGAAUGGUCCCCAUGAUAUGCUUAUGACCACCAGUGCGGCUUUUGAUGUCGACGUGCUUCAGGGAUGAGGCGUCAACAGAUCUGAAGCCUCGAACAAUUUACUGUUAUCAAAGCUUUGUGCUGGCACAGCCUUGAAUAAGUUUCAAAUUUCAAUUUAAGUCAGGCGAGAGAAGGCAUUUUAGUCUGCAAUGUUUCUUUUUUAUCGUUAUUUUAAAUUAUAGGAAGGAUUCUUGUAGUGGAGUUUUAUUUAAGAUUUCUACUUCUUUAUUCACCUUUAAUUAUUGAGAGUGAUCUGCAUCAACAUCAGGCUUUUAGGUUCUAGAAUUAAAGAUAUAUUGAGAUAUAUAUAAUGAUCUAAUUGUGUGGAAAGUUUGCCACCAGAUAAAUUUGAAUUGUUAAACUGAGAUCUUGAAAGAAAUUACUGUAACUUGGCUUGAUGAUAUCAGGGGAUGGUUUCGUAUACGCUCUGUUUGUGAAGUCUUCUGUAAGUUUCUGGAAUUGCUCUUUGUACCGUAGAAUAUUCAAAUUUUCAACGAUCAAACACUGCAGUAACCAAUGACAUGAGUGCUCGUUGCGAGGAUUGUUUCCCUUUCAGGGAAUGAGUUUCUAGUCGUUUCGACCAUAGAUUUGUGCCGCAGUUUGGAUAGGUGUCAAUCAAGGUGCCUUUGUUCUGAAGUUUGCGUUAUGAAAUAGGUUAUACAAAACAAUUUUAAUGUAAGAAACACUUCACUUUCUUAUGUUUUUCCCCCUUACGUUUAAAUUUUAUUUCUGGGAAAUUGGAAAACUGUUCUUUCUGAUUUCUCUGAAGUCACCCCUAGAUACGUUCCUUUCACCACAAGCUUAGUGUUAAGUGUCAGUAUAGAUGCGUAGGAAGCAUAGUAAGGGUUUUGAACUAUAAUUUGUGGUAAAAAAAUGAAGGGUGACGAAAUCGUGAUGUUGGCGAUGGGGGUUGUUUGUCCCCCUGCAAAUUUUUGUGGUACAGACGAUGGUGCCGAAACAAACUAGGAUUGAGUGGAGUCUCUUAAAUGUACAGAUGUAUUGUUAUAGACCUUGACAGCGUAGAUAGAACAUUUUAUUCUUUUAAAGUGGAGAUUGAAUGUAUAGUAUUAUUGGCCCAAGUUUCCAAUAAGGAUAUUUCCUGUAAAGGAUAAAUGCAAAUGGCCAAGUUAGUUUAGCAAAUUAAAGUCCAUUAAUAACAA